AUGCUGUCGUCAACAUUAGGAGUUGCCGUUCUGGCCGUCCUGGCGAAUGCUCAGCCGCAGUCAAUAACAAUCACGCCUUUCCUCACCUCUUCGACAUCUUCCUCCGCACCUACCGUGACGCCAGCAGGGAGGCUGGAAUUGGUCUCGACCGGAAACACUUCUGCUGCUGCUGCGCAAACGCAUACUGUUGCCGUCGGAGCGUCUGGGUUUUCAUUCUCACCUGCAAAGACGGAAGCCAAUGUCGGCGAUACUAUCGAAUGGAUCUUCUACCCCGAUGCCCAUUCGGUCAUCCGCGCCGAGUUUGGCUUUCCUUGUACACCAUACGAGUACAUUGACAUUGGUCGCGAAGGCUUCUACAGCGGAAAUCAGUCUGUCAAGGCUAUUACGAAUGAUAUGCCACGGUACAGGGUCCUCGUCAACGAUACGCUUCCAAUAUUCUACUACUGCGGAGCCCCGGGGUCAUGCUAUAAAGAGAAGAUGAUCGGUGUGAUCAACGAAAAUUCAACUCAAACACUAGACAAACAGCUCGAAGCGGCCCUUCCCCUGACCACCCAGAUCCUUCCUGGCGAACCCUUCCCAACUGAAUCGGAUGCCCCAAAGGCAACCAACGGCGGCUCCAGUUCUUCCGACAAUAGUGCUGUCAUCAACAACUACCACCACAGUGUGACUGGUGGCCAAAUAGCCGGUAUUAUCAUUGGCUCCCUGGCAUUCCUGCUUCUCGGCGGUCUAUUGGUAUACUUGUGUGGCCGACGAGGCGGCAUCAACCGCGCCUACAGGAGAACCUCGACCGCAUAUCGGGUACCUUACCCGCCAUCGUCUCAACCGACCAUCACGGAGAUCAACUACUCGAUGCAACCGAAGAGCCCAGCUACUCAAGGAUGGAGAAGCAGCCAUUAUAGCGCCUUCAGCGGUCCCUACCGUGAUCACGCUACUCCCACAGCGCAGUUCUCCCCUCAAUUGAGCCCUCAGCCGACUGGAUUCCCACACCCUGUCAACGGCAUGCAGACCUACUUCGACCCUCGCAUUUCGUCAGUAGCGCCUAGUGAUGUAGCUGAAGCUCCGGACAACCAGGCCCCACCACCUGUUGCUGCCCCUGCGGCACCCGCCGCUGCGCCGGUUGAGCUGCCGACGGCGACGGAUUCGGGUAAUUCUCCACCACCCAGAUAUAUGCCACGUUUCUCAUUCGCAGGGCAGGAAAGUGACUACCGACCAUCGAGAAAGGAGUGA